CACACACUGACUGGUCUUACUAAUGGAAGGACCUAUACCAUAUCAAUUGUAGCCACAUCAUCAACAGACCUAGUCAGUGAAAGUGUUGCUACUACCGCUGUUCGCUUGGUUCCAUCUGCUCUAGUUCUGCAUACAUCUCCAACAGCUACAGACACUACCAUCACUAUUGCUGGUAGUGCUCCCAGUGGCUCAGUGGUGACUAGGUUUAUGGUCCAUUGGCAGAGAGACACUUCAGUUGGUUGUUCCAAUAUAAAUCAGCAAAGUUUUACUGUGAAUCAAGGCUUUAGUGUUCAACAGAAAUAACUGACUAGAGCCAGGAAUAGGUACACCAUUACUGUGACAAUCUUCAAUGCAGCUGGCCCUGCUCCAGUCAGUAAUGCUGUAACUGCAACAACUAUGCAGACAAGUAAGAGGCUCAGUCAAUAUUAUAAUACUUAUCCCUGUUGUUCAUUGGUUGUUAUACACAGAUCCAUACCGACGGUCCUACCUAGUAAGAAGUGGUCAGCAUGCUCGUAGUAUAAACUGUCCGUUGGCAGUGCAGUAGUGUCUUGUCUGACCGUAAAUGGAGAGAUAAUGGUGGUACAGAGCAAGG